AUGGAGGAGGAAAGAGACCUGCCCAAGAGGCCGUGGGACACCUGUCGAGAGGUUCCGGUCAUUGAAGAUGAAAGGACGCCAUGGAAGCUGAUCAAACUACUAAAGAUCAUCUCUUUGAUUGUAGUAGCUCUUUUUGUGUUUGGACUGGCAUUGUGUAGCAAGGUUCUGUUCUUUGAGUUUCUGGUGUCAGUGGGUGCAGCCAUUCUCAUCAUCGUAGCGAUGCCUCACUUGGACAUUGUGACCAACGUGACCAUACUGAACAGUGUAGCCAUCUUCUCUGCGCUCCUUCAGGUGGUCGCUCAGUGCAGUUCCAAGGAAAGGAACCGCUUCCUGCUGCCUUCCAUCACCGCCUUCAUCCUCAUUCUGCUUGGUUCUGUUCUGUUCCUCGUUCUGUACAUCAUCAAGGAUCCGACUGAUACCCAGAUGGCCAUUUGGGUGGGUCUGGCUGUUGGUGGGGCCUUCUUGGUGUCUUUGAACUGGUGGGAGAACUACUUCAGAGUGAUCAGUGAGAACACAAACUCCACCUCCCUCAAGAACUUGUGCAAAGACAUAACAAGGUGCCGGAACAUGCUGCACAUCCUCUCCAGCCUGAUCAGGAUUGUGGUGACUGCCUGUGUGCUCGGAGCCUACAUCCCUCUGGCCAACAUGGACUGGGACAUUGUGACCUCCAUCCCGAGUCGUGAGACCAGGAUCAUAGCCAUCAUCAUUGGAGUCCAGCUGAUCUCUUCAGCUCUUUGCCACUGGUUUUCACUGGUAGCCUGCAAGAUGCACGCCCUGAGACGGUGCUUCAUCCUGCCUUUCAUCUUCCAGAACAUUGAUGAAAAGUUCUUCAGGAAGCAGCAGCAAAUCCCUGACCAGACCAUCAUAAGAACACCGUAUGGAGGUCGUCUGGUCGUCACCAUGCCUCAUGGGAACAACAUUGUGGUUCACUUCAAGGAUAAAGAACUCAUCCGUCACAAGAAGAGAUGGUCUCAGAUCAUGUACCUUUAUUAUCUCCUGGGGUAUAAACUCAUGACCAAACAUUACUCACGCUGGAGGACAGGAGAUGAUGAGAAGGAGUUGAGAGAAAAGGUCCAGAAGCAAAACACCUACCUCCUGGCUUUAGAUGGGGACACAGAUUUCCAGCCUGGUGCUGUGAUGCUGCUCAUCGACCGUAUGAAGAUGUACCCUCGAGUCGGGGCAGUGUGUGGCAGGAUUCACCCCACUGGAUCAGGUCCUGCAGUCUGGUUCCAGAAAUUUGAAUAUGCUGUUAGUCACUGGCUGCAGAAGACAGCAGAGCAUGUGUAUGGAUGUGUGCUCUGCAGCCCCGGAUGCUUCAGUCUGUUCAGAGCAGCAGCGCUAAUGGACGACAACGUGAUGAAGAGAUAUUCAACCAAGUCCAUGGAGGCGAGCCACUACAUCCAGUAUGACCAAGGUGAGGAUCGCUGGCUUUGCACUCUGCUGUUGAAGCAAGGAUGGAGGGUGGAGUACAACGCAGCAUCAGAUGCCUACACCAAUGCACCAGAGAGCUUCAAAGAACUCUACAACCAGCGUCGGCGAUGGGGACCAUCCACGAUGGCCAACAUCGUAGAUCUGCUGGGUGCCACCAACCUGAUCUCCAAGAGAAACUCCUCCAUGUCCAAAGCCUUCAUGUUUUACCAACUGUUUGGCAUCAUCUCGGGCACUCUGGCUCCUGCCACAAUCUGCCUUUUGGUCGCAGGUGGACUGUCCCUCAUCUUUAGCAUUGAUUCUGCUGGCGCUCUGGUCAUUGCUGUGAUUCCUCCUGCCAUCUAUCUGGGUCUUUGCUUCCAUCUUAAAGCAGACACUCAAAUCGCUAUAGCAGCAAUCAUGAGCAUCACGUACGCCUUCCUUAUGUUGGUGGUGACAAUGACCAUUGUUGCGUCAAUGGUGGAGAACUUGGUGUCACCCAGCAGCAUAUUUGUUGUCUGCAUGGGCAUCAUUUACAUAGUCACUGCGAUAAUGCAUCCUCAGGAAUUUGGCCUCAUUUUCUAUGGCUUGCUCUACAUCGUCUGCGUCCCCAGCGCCUACCUUCUGCUCACCAUCUACUCCAUGGUCAACAUGAACAAUGUUUCUUGGGGGACCAGGGAGACGAAACCUGCUGCUGGCGCUGCUCCACCUGCAGCUAACGUCCCGCAAACAAAAGCACAGAAAGGUUGGGUCACACAGCUACAGAAUGUGUCUGAUGACAUGCGACUGCAGGAGGAAUCACUCGACCAGGACGAGGUGAAAUUCUGGAACGAGCUUCAGGAGAAAUACCUGAAACCUCUGGCUGAUGACAAAGAGAGACAGAAGAAGAUUGCCAAUGACCUGCGAGAGCUAAGAAACAAGGACGACCAGGACAACCAGGUCUCCAGAGCAGACUCAACCUACGGCUCCCUGCAGGACUCUGAAAGUGACUUUAGCGAAGAUGAUGAUGAUGAUCUGUGGGAAAGAAGGGAAAGUAGAGGGACUUUGGUGUAA